CGCUUAGUGACAGUUCCUGUAAAAUAUGGAUCACAGUUUCCCUUCAUCAAUACGAGAAUCAUUAAAUUGCGACUCGCAAGUUAUAACUACCCAAUCGAGGAUGUGGUCUAUUUAUGGGCCAACUCACCGCCUACGAUCGUACCUGUUGAGGUUUCUGAAGAGCUGCUUACUUCAAAUUAUGAGUUCACCGAAGCCAUUGCUGAAGACUGUGUCGGUAAUUAUACUGUUGGCUCGGCCAGUGAAGCACUCUUCAAGCUAUUCAUUCCAUCUAUUUUCCUUAUAUUCGCUUCGUGGUUACAUUUCUGGAUUCAUGGAACUUGGUCAGUUCCGCGAACGAUCAGUGCGGCUGUGCCGUUCUUCCUAUUUGCAGCACUAAUGGCAUUCUAUCCACAACCGUACCUGAACGCUGAAGGUUGGGGUGGUAUACAAGUGUGGUUACUGUUCUGUUUGAUCAUAACCUUCUUGUCGUUUGCCGAGUAUUUCGUUGUGAUUUGCUGUGGAAUCAGACGGACAGUACGCUACUCGAAUGGUCUUCUCAACGAAAGCACCGAGAAUCCGAUUGUGGCCGCAAGAGAGACAGCCGUCGAGGUGGCGUACGAUUCGAAAUGUGCAAAUUUCAAGCAAAUCAACGGACUGGACAUAAUCGCUCGCGUUCUCUUCCCCGUUGUCUUCUUUAUUUUCCUCGUGAUCUUCCUCAUUCUUUAUCUGAUUUGA